AUGGGUCGUCGCCCCACCCUCUCCCCGCCUCUGCACCCCCACCACUGGCUCGCGCACGUCACCCCUCCCUCUCCGGCCUCUGCACGUCCCCCGCCAGCCUCUGCGCAUCGCCUGCUCGCCCGUGAACAUCGUGCCCCCAUCCUCAGGUCUCUCCCUACCUCCAUCUCGCCCGUGCACGUCGUCGCCCACCCUCUCCACGUCUCCCGCUCAUGCGUGGACGUCCUCCCUCAGUCUCCACAGCUCUCGGUACCCCUCUCUCGCCCACGCACGUCGUCGGGGCACAGAUCUCUCGGUACCCGCGCCCAUCGUCACCCGUUGCCCGCGUCCAUCGUUGUCCGUCGUCGCCCGUUGCCCACGUCCGUCAUCGCCCAUUGCCCGCGUCCGUUGCCCGCGUCCGUCGUUGUCCAUCGCCCGUGUCCUUCGUCACCCGUCGCCCGCGCACGUCGUCGCCUGUACCCCUCUCUCGCCCAUGCACGUCGCCCACCCUCCCCACGUCUCUCCGUCACCUGCUCGCCCGUGCCCGUCACCUCCCCCUCACGCGGCCUCGGCCCCUUGCCCGCUCACCGGUGCAAGUGCUGCAAGGGCCUCUCCCCGUCCCCCACCGCCUUCUGUAUCUUGAUGUCGCGCGCAGGCUACGCAGGUCGCCGGCCCCUCGCUCGCCCUGUGCUCGCCACCCCCUCGCCCCAGGAUGUUGCCCCUCUCUCCCGCUUCUUCUCCCCGCCGCCUGCUCGCCCGUUGAUCUACUCCAUGUUCACCAUUUCGCCUCUCAUUGCCCCUCGUCAUCUAUCGACCCUCCUUACCUUGUACAAGAUAGGCAAUCGUGUGCGCAUCCCCGUACGCUGGUCCAACCUGCAGCAGGCGUUGCAGGCUCUGGAUUUCGAAGUCGAAAACUGCAAGGGGUUGAAGCGUCGGGUGGUCACUCCCUCCCACCUUGGCGGGGCUUGUACGACUUUGAUGCAGCCCAAAAACGGGAUUAUUGCACCUCCCAGCCAGGCGUAUGUGGUCUCCCAGCUCAGCCAGCGAUGUGGCCUAACUGCGGAGUACCUGGAGAACCUGGCCAAGGGGUCGUCGUAG